AUGAGCCAGAAAAGGGUGAAUAGCAGAACUAUUGAUUCCUUCUUCAGUACUAGUGCAAAAAAGUCAACAGGAGCACAGCCUGUACUAGAAAGCACUUCAACUAUAGAAACUGAUACUAGCUUCCCUUCGUGUUCUGGUACACACGUAGAGCCAAUACCUUCUCAAACUGAUUCUGUGUUGCCACUGUCUGUUGAUACCCCACCUCAAACUGGCAGUAUCCUAAUGAAUGACAUUGGCAUACAUCUUGGGAAAACAAUUGAUGAUUUCACCAAAUGCUUGUUACUGGAAAAUCCAUGGCAACCUCCUCCUGGAUAUGAGCUACCUUUCUCUGUUCAGAACAUGACUUCCAAAAAUGGAGAAGCUCGGACAAUCAAACGAUACUUGUCAAAACAACAUAUUGACAGUUUUCCAUGGCUAGUAUAUUCAGCCGUUAAGAAUGGUUUGUUUUGCAAGUACUGUGCGUUGUUUGCACAACAUCGCAAAGGUGGUCAUAACAAAGGCAUGGCACUUGGAAAAUUGGUAACUGAGCCCCUUACGAAUUUAAAAAAAAAUUAAGGGUAAGGAAGGAGAUUUGGAAGUCCAUGCAAGACUUGUUUAUCACCAGGAGAGUGUAACCGAAGGAAAAGCAUUUUUAAAAACCCUGACAAUGAAAUUGUCAAUCAAAUAAAUUCUCACCGUCUUCAGAAGGUGAAGGAGAACCAAGAGCGAAUUCGUCCUAUCAUUGAGUCCAUUAUAUUCUUGGGUAGACAAAAUAUACCUCUGCGUGGCCACCGAGAUGAUGGUGCAUUAAUGGAUGACUCCACACCGGACUUGAAUGAAGGGAACUUUCGGGAAUUGCUGAGAUACCGCGUUUCAUCUGGAGACAAAAUGUUAGAGAAGCACCUCCUUACUGCAUCUUCAUGUGCUACGUACAUUUCAAAAUCCACACAAAAUGAUUUAAUCAAGUGUUGUGGUGAUUAA